ACCCUUUUAUUAACUAGUUGAUAACUAGGUAAGAAUGAGUGUUGAGCUCUUUGUUAAAAUCGGGCUCUCAGAGGCCAAAGCGAAAGAGACACUAGCCAAUCCAGCCGUUUCAAAGCAGCUAGAAACAGCCAUUAAUAAAUGUUUGGAAUCCUUGAAAGAAGAAGAGCUAGAUAAAAGUGUUGGUAAUUUGUUAUAUGGCAUAGCCUCUCGUUAUAAAGGGUCCAGCGAGAGAUUAGGAUUGCUGGUGGAUUAUGUCAGCACAAGGAAAAUUCACUCCGACCCUCAACUAACAGCUGCUUUUGAUUACUUGAAGUCUCAUCCUGUUGAUCCGAUCAAUCGUUUUGAGUUUGAGGCAAUGUGUGGGGUGGGUGUGGUCGUCACUAGAGACGAUAUCGUCAUGGCGAUAAGAUCUGCCAUUGAAGCUAAUAAAGAAGAAUUGAUUGCCAAACGAUAUAACUUUAAUAUUGGAAAAAUAAUGGCUGGCGUAAAGUCUAAAUUGAAAUGGGCUAAUGGUAAAUUGCUAAAAACUGUGCUGGACGAAGAGAUUGAGUCUUUGCUGGGGCCAAAGACAGAGUCUGAUAACGCAAAACAAAAGAAAGAGAAUAAAGUGUCUUCUAAAGCUAAGACAGUUGAAGUUGAUCAGUCGGUCGGUGCUGGGUCUGAAUCAUCUGUUCAGUUGGUGGGGAACGCACUCAAAUUUCAUAAACCAGGUGAGAAUUACACCACUGAAGGCUACGUAAUGACUCCAAACACAAUGAAACUGUUAGAAAAGCAUCUUCAAGUCACUGGAGGGCAGGUUAUAACGAGGUUUCCUCCAGAGCCUAAUGGUAUCCUACACAUCGGACACGCUAAAGCAAUUAACUUUAAUUUUGGAUAUGCCAAAGCUAAUGGCGGAAUAACUUACUUGAGAUAUGAUGACACGAACCCUGAGAAAGAAGAGAAGAGAUUUAUAUUAGGAAUACAAGAAAUGGUUGAAUGGCUUGGCCAUAAGCCAUUUCAGAUCACACAUGCCUCUGAUUAUUUUCCUCAAUUAUAUGAGUUUGCCGUUCAACUAAUAAAGAGGGGGUGUGGUUACGUGUGUCAUCAACAAUACGAAGAGUUGAAAGGUCACAAUCCUCCUCCAAGCCCCUGGAGAGACAGACCAAUACAGGAAUCUCUUGACCUUUUUGAAGACAUGAGAAAAGGUAAAUUCAGCGAAGGUGAAGCUACCCUCCGUAUGAAGUACAUUAUGGAAGAUGGUAAACAGGAUCCUGUGGCAUAUCGUAUCAAGUAUACCCCACACCCACACACCGGUAGUGACUGGUGCAUUUAUCCAACGUAUGACUUUACUCAUUGUCUCUGUGACUCCAUUGAGAAUAUAACUCAUUCUCUCUGUACCAAAGAAUUCCAAUCUAGACGAUCGGCCUAUUACUGGUUGUGUAAUUCACUGGAUGUCUAUUGCCCCGUCCAAUGGGAAUACGGUCGUCUUAAUUUGUUGUAUACCGUCGUAUCCAAACGUAAAAUACAAAAACUGAUCACUAAUAACAUUGUCAAUGAUUGGAAUGAUCCAAGAUUAUUUACACUGACCGCUUUAAAGAGAAGGGGGUUCCCUCCAGAAGCUAUUAAUAAGUUCUGUGCUAAAGUUGGUGUGACUAUGGCUCAGACAAUACUUCACCCAGACAUGCUUGAGUCUUGUGUUAGAGCUGAAUUGAAUAAUACAGCACAUAGAGCAAUGGCUGUGUUGGAUCCAUUGAAGAUUGUAAUUGAUAAUUUUCCACACAAAAAUUCGGUUGAUAUAGAUGUCACUAAUGUUCCUCAUGAUCCUUCCAUGGGGUCUCAUUCCGUCCCGUUUGAUAAAGAAUUGUUUAUUGAAAGAAACGACUUCCGUGAAACUGCAGAAUCAGAUUACAGACGUCUGACAAUGUCCCAGGCAGUGGGUCUGAGACAUACUGGAUAUGUAAUGAGUGUUAACAAUGUUUUAAAGGAUGAUACUGGCUCUGUUAUGCAGUUAAAUGUCAAUAUUAUUAAAGUGUCUGAAACUGAUAAACCGAAAGCAUUCAUUCAUUGGGUCUCAUCGCCAGUGAUCUGUGAUAUAAGAUUAUAUGACAGACUAUUUUUACAUGAAAACCCUGAGGAGAGACCUGGAGGAUACCUUAACGAUGUCAAUCCUAAUUCUUUGAUAUUAGUGAAAGGUUAUGUGGACAGAUCAGUGAUUGGUUCUGCUCCUCUUACAUCGUUUCAGUUUGAACGUCAUGGCUACUUCUGUGUGGACUAUGACAGCAAUGAUGAUAGAUUGGUUUUCAAUAGAACAGUGACACUAAAAGAAGAUGCCAAAAAAUAGUAGACAAAUGGAGUAAUGUUUUUGUUGACAAUCACAAUCUAUAUUUUGUAACUUCUUAUACAAAUUAAUAAUAAUGAUAA